AUGGAUUACUUGGUUAAUUGGGGACUUGGGGAGGGGGUGUACGUACCGCCAUGGCAGGUGUUGCUCAUUGGGACUGUAUUGACUGUCAUUGCUGCGUUUGUCGGGUUGAUUGUGUUACUGAAUAUCCUCGCACACCACCCCCGACCAUCGUUACCAAGCGAACUUCUCUACGACACUCCAGACAGAAAGAGACAAAAGCUGCCGACGCUAUUGGAUGCGCCGGAGACGGAGGUGUCGAUUGUCGUACCCGCGUACAACGAAAUCGAGCGUCUCCCGGGGAUGUUAGAGGAGACGGUAGCAUACCUCACGUCAACCCACGCAGGACAAUGGGAAAUUUUGAUCAUUGAUGAUGGGAGUAAGGAUGGAACGAGCGAUGUUGCGUUAGGGUGGGCACGGAGGAAGCAGGAGGAGGGGAAAGUGCGGGAUGGUGAGGUUAGGGUUGUCAGGUUGGAGAUCAAUCGGGGAAAAGGGGGAGCUGUCGCGCAUGGAAUGCAACAUGUUCGCGGCAAGUACGUUUUGUUCGCAGACGCGGAUGGUGCGUCAAGAUUCGAGGACCUCAAGCUCUUGCUCGGCAACCUGAAGCAGAUCGAGACGGAUGGGUUGGGAUGUGCGGUGGGGAGUCGUGCCCAUAUGGUCUCAACCGACGCCGUCGUAAAACGCUCCCUCAUCCGUAAUAUCCUCAUGCACGGCUUCCACACCUUCCUCCACCUCCUCGGCAUCCGCAAUAUCGCCGACACCCAAUGCGGAUUCAAACUUUUCACGCGCCGCGCAUGUUCCCUAAUCUUUCCGUCUAUGCAUGUCGAGGGGUGGAUUUUCGAUGUGGAGGUGUUGUUGUUGUGCGAGAAAUUGGGGGUGGGGGUUGUUGAAGUACCGAUUACGUGGCAUGAGGUUGAUGGGAGUAAGAUGAGUUUGGUGAGGGAUGCCAUUAUGAUGGCGAAGGAUUUGGUUGUUAUUAGGUUGAAUUAUGUGUUGGGGAUUUGGAAGGUUAAGAAGCCCAAGAAGGUGGAGUGA